GGUGACGUCAGCCGUAGUAGCAGAGUGAGCUCGUGCCUCCUGCAGCCGCUUCAUUCAGCCCGCCGCGCGCUCCCGGACGGACUUAACGGAUCUUACGGUUAUUAUGGAGACACCGGGCGGCGAACAGAGCCGCGUCUCCCGGUCAGGACUGAAGUAAACGGCGUGAGAAGAUGUCACCGCCGCUUCUCUUCCUCUCCGCGUCAGUUCGUCACGUCAGUUUGGAUUUUUAAAGUUUCCUUUCUGUUAACUUGUGCGGGGAUGUAACGUUAGUUCAACGUUUAAAUAACGUUCACCGCCGUUCCUCUAAUGGAUACAGAGACUUUUCUGGAGUAUUCACACACAUCUCUGUGAUUUUUAAAAGUUUUGUUUUUAUUUUUUUGUGGAGCUGGAAGUGAAACGACAAUCCUGGAAACUUCGUCCCGACUCCCGUUCAUCCUUCAGGCUAGCAGCAUGCUAUAUUCCGCUCCUCCGGUCGGUCCCGGUAGUUUUGUUGUUGUUGUUUUUGUUGUUUGCGUGAUUUAAAAACAAACAAUGAUUUCAGAGGAGAGAAGCAGCAACGUAAACAAACAAGCCCUGAACUUCCCCGUGGGUUUACUCAUCCGCUCCCCGAAGAAGCGCCUCGCCAAGCUGGGGAGGAAACCCAGCAAUGGAUCGGUGCAGUCCACCAACUCUGACAGCACCACCCGCUCCACAGAGAGCGUGGGUGUUCGGCAGCCGGCCAAGAGUAAAAUCCGCCGUCACAAUAACAGGCUUUCGACUGUUUUCAACCACAGCCCCAACCUGCGGGACAGCAGUGGACGCCGGGGCCAGACGCUGGGCAGCGGUGACCUCCAGGCUGCAGACGACCCCGCAGAGCUGUCCAGCCAAAUGUCUGUCCCCGGCAUCCUGAAGAUCUUCGGCAGCGACAUCUGUCAGGGGACAAACUAUAAGAGCGUGCUGGCCACCACUCAGUCCAACGCAAAGGAGCUGGUGAAGGAGGCGCUGGAGAGGUACUGCCUGGAAAAAGAAGACGCCAACAGCUACGUGCUCUGCGAUGUGAUUGGCCAGACGGGCGCGGAUAACCAGUGGAAGAGGGAGUGUUUCCGGGUGGUGGGAGACAACGAGAAGCCGCUGAUGCUGCAGUCACUUUGGAAACCCAAGGAAGGCUUCUCCAGACGCUUUGAAAUCCAGCUGAGGUCGAGCGUCGAGGAGCAGAGUUUAAAGGACAGAGACACGGUCACAGCAGGCAUCAACGCUCAGGCUCGUAAGCUGCAGAAGAGCCGCUCCAGAGUCACCUCGCUGUUUGUGGACGGCAGCGGGGAGGACGUGGACGGACUCGGGAUCUGGAGGAGUCUGAGCGAGAUGGAUCUGUCUGCGAUGGGGAAGGAGGCCAACCGGGCCCGACAGAGCGCGCUGAGGGAGGAUCCCGAAGCUGAGGCCGACAAGGAGGUCCUGAGGCUCGGCAUGGAGAAGGAGGAGACGGAGAGCAGCGACGACAACACCACCCAGUACUCCAUUCACCCGCCGUUUGACUUCCCAUACUUCCUGCUGCUGCAGGGCUACAGCCACAGACAGGAUUUCGUCAUCUACCUGAUGAGUGGGACCACCACCAUCUUCGGCUGCUGCAGGGAGCACUGUAACGGGGAAGACGAGGAGAGAUUAAAGGUGGACAUCCUUCUCUUCGCUCCUGACGUCCUCCCCCAACACUGCUGCGUCAGACGCCUGGACUCUCACAACCCGACCUCCACGGGGGAGCACAGAAAGACAUUAACGAUGCUGAAGCCUCUCCACGGCGCUCCUGUCACCAGGAACGGUUUCCUUCUUAAAGAGGAGGUGGAACUGAACCCCGGGGACUUGGUUGGCUUGGGGAAACACUAUCUGUUCAUGUUUAAGGAUCCUACGAGCACGUCAGGAUCCCAUCAGACGCCUCCUUGGAUGACCAGACUCUGCCCAAACUCUGAUAUGAAAGCGUCUUGUUUAUCAUGCGGCUCCAUCGUCACCAACAGGAAGUUCCAGAGGAAGUUUUUACCGCCUCGUUGGAGGGACCCGGAAGGCACGGAGGCGUUGGUAAGCUACGAGCUGGAGCAGGAGGACAGCGUCCUGCAGGAGAUUCUGGAUCUGUUGGACCCCAGCGGAAAGGAACCAAAGCUGACGCCUGCUUUCCUGCUGAGCCUGUGCAUCCAGCACUCGGCCUCCACGUUCAAGCCGACGCACUUCAGACAGCUGCUGCUCCGGAUAGCCAGCCAGAUCCAGCUUGUUAUGUGGGAGAAGACAAAGGAGCUCGCAGCGAUCCAGCCAGAAACGAGCUCCGGUGACGGCCAGCCCGACCACCUUCAGCUGCUCAGCAUGGAGGAACUGAUCCCGGGUCUGCAGCCUCUGGUGCUGUGGAUGGCCAACUCCAUCGAACUGCUGCACUUCAUCCAGCAUGAAGUCCCUCAGCUGCUGCUCCGUCCUCAGGAGGACAAAGCAGGUCUGUUGGACCCUGAGAUGUCCUCCACUCGGACAGCCUGUGAGGAGGCCAUGACUGUCUUGGAGGAAGUCAUCAUGUUCACCUUCCAGCAGUCUGUCUACUAUCUAACAAAGAGCAUGUAUUCAGCCCUGCCCAGCCUGCUCGAUGGGAACCCGUUCUCAGAGAGCGGUCAGCUGCGAGUCCCCGAUGGCCUCAGCGGCAUCCUGGAGGUGCUGAAGGAGGCGCUGAAGCUGCUCACAGCCUUCCAGGUCCACCCCGACAUCUCAUUACAACUCUGUGCCUACCUGUUCUUCUUCAUCAACGCGUCGCUGUUCAACACCUUCAUGGAGAGAGGAUCUGUAGCUGGGUUCUACCAGUGGUCCCGAGGGGUUCAGAUCCGGGCCAACCUGGACCUGCUGAUGGACUGGAUCCAGAGCAUCGGUCUGGGCGAUCUGGCCACCGAGUUCUUCCAGAAGCUUUCUGCUGCUGUCAACCUGCUGGCUACACCCAAAGAAACCCUCCUGCAGGCAUCCUGGUCGUCUCUCAGGGCUGAGUUCGCCGCCCUGAACCCGGCUCAGCUUCACCACAUGCUGAGGGAGUACAGCUCGGGUAAAGCCUGUCCCACCGGAUGGACGCCGUCACCGGACGAUGCAGAGGACGCCGUCAGGACGGGCGACAUCCUGGAGAGCUUCGACAACCACCCGCCGCUCAUCCUGCCCAGCAACACGUUCCACCUGGAGCUGGGUAAACCCAUCGUGGAGCCCGCCCUGUUCGAGCAGCUCGGCCGUCUGCAGGAGUUCAUAUGCCGGCUGCCCCGCCGUGAAACCCGAACCGAUGUGGAGGAACAGGCUCCGGCUCUCAGGGGGACGACCACAGACAGCCAGUCUGCGACCUCAGCCUCCACCAGAGUCUUCCAGGAUCCUGUAGCCCAUCAGGUGGUCUCUGACCCGGUUACCUGUCCAUCCCCUAAGGCGGACCCGGACUGUACCUCCCCUACAGAGUCGUCUCAGGCCCGAGGAUCUCAUGGUGACCUCAGCAGCUGUGAGGCAGUCCUGACCCAGAAGCUGAAGAGCCUGGAACUGCAGAACACCCUCCCAGGACAGGCCGACCUGGUCUACCACAAGAGCCUGGCACUGGACCCGUCCUGCCUGCUGACGCCGCCCAACACUCCGCAGGGCAUGGAGCUGGCUGAGCUGGAGGCCGACCUGCAGGAGGGCGCCCGGCAGCAAAAGAAAGUCAGUGGAUACGCCGAGUGGAAGAGAGAGAGCGUGGAUGAUGAGGUGGUGUUCACGGUGGAGCUCCGCAGAGGACCUCACGGUCUGGGACUGGCGCUCGUGGAUGGAACGAAAACUCAGCUGAGGAUGAGCGGCAUCUACGUGAAGUCGGUGGUUCCCGACUCUCCCGCCGCUCAGUGUCAGAAACUGAGAACGGGUGAUCGCAUCCUGGCUGUUAACGGCAUCAGCCUGGUCGGUAUGGAGUACAACGUCGGCAGAGAACUGAUCCGAUCAUCGGGAGACUCGCUCAAACUUCUGGUGGCCAAGAUCGACUCAAAGCCGAGUGAGAAGAGCUCGGCUGCGACCAGAUGCUGAAGGACGAGCUGCGAUGGACGAUCAAGUGCAAUUGGGAAUACGGGACGGACGGACGGACACGUCAGUAUUUCCCCACCGACCAAAGGAAAACUUUCUGCUUCUCCUUUUUUCUGUACAGAGCUUCGAGACAAUCAAACCCGGCAGCAGGACUGACUCUGUGGUCAGAGCUCGUUCCUUCCUCGGCUAUAAACAAACAAACUGUGUCAGGCCGUGCGCCUCAAAUACUCAUAAACCACGAGCGGUGAGAGAAACAGCUGAAACAUCCAUUUGAAUGUCUGAGCACACGGUAUUCUGUCUGAGGAGCUGCUCCGGGAUCGAGACCCAAGUCACGUUCGGCGGCAUUAACUGGACUUUUAUUUUGAAAUUCUGUUUUUAAAAAACUGUGAAGCUGCAAAAACCUCCAACGUACCCGGCAUGAAAUCAUAUUUCUUUGCUGAAUUAUCUCAAUUUAACUGGGAGAUGUUGUUUCUUCUCUUGAUGCGAGACGACAUGAUUAUAUUUUUUAUUUUCACGGUGGCCUUUGAAGUAUUUCAGACGAACAUUUCCACUUUUAUAUCACAUCAAAGACUCAAGUCUCACAGAACAGCAGGCUGACAAUAAAAGCCCCAGUUCAACGACGUCGACUUAAAAACCUCAAAUGUUUCAGAGCGCUGAAUCUGGAGCUUUAAAGUGAGUUUCAUCUCGUUUACUGGUUCACUGGUCAACUCUUGUUUUCGUCCACGGCAGGCGGCUGUAAAAACCAGCACAGACACAAACACAGCUCCAAAUGAACGAUGCUGUUGCUCCCUGACUGCUCGAUGUGUAAAUAACAAGUACGGAGUUCAACAUAUCGACCUAAAGCUGACGUGUCAAACAUAUGUACGGCAGUUACAUUAAAUUAAAGGAAAAGUUCAACAUUUUGGACCCAAACACAAAAAGUUAGAUGACCACAGAGGCUACAACGACUCAGCUUAGCACAAGGACUGUGGUCGACAGGAAGACGAAGAGACGUUGAACUUUUGAAGCCUUACUUCAGCAGAUAUGUUUAACACUGUAGAGCUCAUCUGAAGUCUGUAAACAGUGUUUCCGUAUAUCGACUCAAAGUAUUCAGUUUUGUAAUAUUUAUAUUGUAUUUUUGAACCUAUGGAAUAAAUAUUAUUUUGACUUUGAA